AUGGUUGAGUCGGUGGUCAAUGUGUCCCUGAAUGAUAUUCAGUGGACACAAGCAAGUUUGCCCAUCUGUCACGGAGGCAUUGGGGUGCGGCGUGUGGGGGACGUUAGCCUGCCGGCCUUCUUGGCGUCGGCCCAUGGGGUUGCGGACCUAGUUGCUAAGAUGUUGUCAUUUAAUGGCGACGGGGUAAGCAUACCGUAUGUGGCCGACGCUGUGAGGCAGUGGCUGGCUAUCAACCCAGUGUCGCGGCCGGAAUCAGGAGCUUGGCUGCAGGCGUUACCCUCCCCUCAACUGGGCACGUUACUCGACGGUGACUCGUUGCGGGUGUCCGUCGCUCUCCGCCUGGGCUGCGAUGUAUGUCAACCACACGUAUGCAUCUGCGGUUCCGCGGUGGGGGCUGACGGCCAUCAUGCAUUGAGUUGCCGGCGAUGUGUCGGGAGGCACCCGCAUCACCAUGCCCUGAACGACAUGAUCCAGAGGGCGCUCAGAUCAGCUGGUGUUCCAUCCGUGCUUGAGCCUCCGGGUCUAAGCCGCACGGACGGCAAGCGGCCUGAUGGCCUAACUUUGGUGCCGUGGGAGAGGACGAUGCUUGGUCUGGAACGCCACGUGCGUCAGCACCUUCGCCGCCUCUCAUAUCAGUCGCACAGCACGCGCGGCCGGGGCGGCGGCCGAGUCUCAGGCGGCGGUGAAGCGCCAAAAGGCCAAUGCUGGGGCAAUAGGACGCUCAAGAAUUUGGGGCCUUUUUGGAAAGGCGACCAGACUCGGUUGCUCACUGUUACUGUCUGUCCUUCGGGGCCCCCGGAGGCCCCGUGUGCCCUUAUGGUAAAGACGGUACUGCUGCCACCCUGUUGGAACAUUAUAUUUUAUUUUUGGUAUUUGAGCUGGAAUAGUAGGAACUUCUUUAGUUUACUUAUUCGUGCAGAAUUAGGAAAUCCUGGAUCCUUAAUUGGUGAUGAUCAAAUUUAUAAUACUAUUGUAACUGCUCAUGCUUUUAUUAUAAUUUUUUUUAUAGUAAUACCUAUUGUAAUUGGUGGAUUUGGUAAUUGAUUAGUACCACUAAUAUUAGGUGCCCCAGAUAUAGCUUUUCCCCGAAUAAAUAAUAUAAGAUUUUGAUUAUUACCCCCAUCUAUUAUACUCUUAAUUUCAAGUAGAAUCGUAGAAAAUGGAGCAGGUACAGGAUGAACAGUAUAUCCCCCACUUUCAUCAAAUAUUGCUCAUAGAGGAAGAUCUGUAGAUUUAGCCAUUUUUUCUCUUCACUUAGCUGGAAUUUCUUCAAUUUUAGGAGCCGUUAAUUUUAUUACAACUAUUAUUAAUAUACGACCUAAUAAUAUAUCACUAGAUCAAAUACCCCUUUUUGUAUGAGCUGUAGGUAUUACUGCCCUCUUACUACUUCUCUCAUUACCAGUAUUAGCAGGUGCUAUUACCAUACUUUUAACAGAUCGAAAUCUUAAUACCUCAUUUUUUGAUCCUGCUGGUGGAGGUGAUCCUAUUCUUUAUCAACACUUAUUUUGAUUUUUUGGUCAUCCUGAAGUCUACAUUUUAAUUUUACCGGGAUUUGGUAUAAUUUCCCACAUUAUUUCUCAGGAAAGAGGAAAAAAAGAAACAUUUGGAUGCUUAGGGAUAAUUUAUGCCAUAUUAGCAAUUGGCUUAUUAGGAUUUGUCGUUUGAGCACAUCAUAUAUUUACAGUAGGUAUAGAUAUUGACACUCGAGCUUAUUUUACAUCAGCUACAAUAAUUAUUGCUGUUCCUACAGGAAUUAAAAUUUUUAGUUGAUUAGCCACUCUUCACGGUACUCAAAUUAAUUAUAGACCAUCUAUAUUAUGAAGUUUAGGAUUUGUUUUUCUAUUCACAGUAGGAGGUUUAACAGGUGUUAUUUUAGCUAACUCCUCAAUUGAUGUUACUCUCCAUGAUACUUAUUAUGUAGUAGCCCAUUUUCAUUAUGUUCUCUCUAUAGGGGCUGUAUUUGCCAUUAUAGGAGGAUUUGUCCACUGAUAUCCAUUAUUUACCGGAUUAUCAUUAAAUCCCUAUUUAUUAAAAAUUCAAUUUUUCACUAUAUUUAUUGGGGUAAAUUUAACAUUUUUUCCCCAACAUUUCUUAGGAUUAGCUGGCAUACCCCGACGAUAUUCUGAUUAUCCAGAUACCUAUACUUCAUGAAAUAUUAUUUCUUCAUUAGGAUCUUAUAUUUCUUUAAUUGCAACAAUAUUAAUAUUAAUUAUUAUUUGAGAAUCUAUGAUUAGAAAACGAAUUAUUUUAUUCCCAUUAAAUAUAAACUCCUCUAUUGAAUGAUACCAAAAUCUUCCACCAGCAGAACAUUCUUAUAGCGAAUUACCUAUUUUAAGAAAUUUCUAAUAUGGCAGAUUAUAUGUAAUGGAUUUAAACCCCAUUUAUAAAGGAAUAUCCUUUUUUUAGAAAUGGCAACUUGAUCUAAUUUUAAUCUUCAAAAUAGAGCUUCUCCAUUAAUAGAACAAAUUAUUUUUUUUCAUGAUCAUACAUUAAUUAUCUUAAUUAUAAUUACAAUUUUAGUUGGAUAUUUAAUAAUUAGCUUAUUUUUUAAUUCCUAUAUUAAUCGAUUUUUAUUAGAAGGACAAAUAAUUGAAUUAAUUUGAACAAUUUUACCAGCAAUUACUUUAAUUUUCAUCGCUUUACCUUCUUUACGUCUUCUGUACUUAUUAGAUGAAUUAAAUAAUCCCUUAAUCACAUUAAAAUCUAUUGGUCAUCAAUGAUAUUGAAGUUAUGAAUAUUCAGAUUUUCACAAUAUUCAAUUUGAUUCAUAUAUAAUUCCCCAAAAUGAAAUAAAUAAUAAUAAUUUUCGUUUAUUAGAUGUUGAUAAUCGAAUUGUUAUUCCUAUAAAUAACCAAAUUCGAAUUAUAAUUACAGCAACAGAUGUUAUCCAUUCUUGAACAGUACCUUCAUUAGGUGUAAAAGUAGAUGCUAACCCAGGUCGACUUAAUCAAACUAAUUUUUUUAUUAAUCGUCCUGGAAUUUUUUAUGGGCAAUGUUCUGAAAUUUGUGGAGCAAAUCAUAGUUUUAUACCUAUUAUAAUUGAAAGUAUUUCAAUUAAAAAUUUUAUUAAUUGAGUUAAUAAUUAUUCUU